CUCGGGAUGAGAUCAGUCAAACCAGAGAUCAUGGUCUCUGGUAAAACUGAAUCACUCGUAACGAGUUCAUACAGCGUUACAUAUAAUUCCGAUAACAAGUAUAAUGAGUCGACGUCAUUUAAAAACGAAAACAAUUAUUCAUGAAAGAAUAUUGUUUUGUUAGCCAAUGAAAUGAGCUCAGAAUAUAUUAUCCGGCGCUCUCAUAAACAUGGACUCGGCUUUUGCUGGAAAGACGUAGUUGUAACGCAGAACACUGAUGAAACAGUCAUUCAUUUAGACGUCGGAUAUUUUCAUUUUAGUCUGUUAUCUUAGUAAGAAGAUGGAGGAACUGACUGCAGCACUUGCCACCAGUUUCAGUGUGAGCAAGGAGCUGAACACGACGGCAGCAGAACACCCGCGCUUCUCCCAGUAUAAACUCAAACUCAGCCCCUCUGAGAGACAGGAGGCACGCAGGAGGAGGAUUUUAGAUAUUCAAAAAAAAACAAGGGAGACAACUGAUUGUCCAAAGUGUGUCCCAGCAGAAAAGAAGCGCUCUCCCGGUUCAAGAGUUUCACGUUCCCAGAGACGUACUGGCCGAAGGUUUGACUUUUCUAAUCAUGCCCGGAACCUGACAGAGGGAGUGUGGGACAAGGCCCAAGAUGACCAGAAGGCCGAGGAGGAGGAGGCCACUGUGGAGCAGGAGGAGGACAUGGAGGUGCAGACGUCACUCCGCAAACCCGGACGCCACUACAAGGACCAGCUGAUGUACUCCGAGUGGCUGGUGGAAGUGCCACAGAACUUGGAGAAGGAAUGGCUGCUGGUUGUGUGCCCCACUGGAAAGAGGAGAUUGGUUAUAGCUGCCAAGGGACAGACCAUUGCGUACUCCAAGGGUGGCUUCAAGUGCAUGAAUUUUCCCUCUUUUCUCCCAGGGGGCAACAGAGGUCAGGGGGCAAGGGGCAUAUUUGGAGAGAGCACGAUCCUUGACUGCCUGUACUGUGAGGCGAACAAGACCUACUACGUACUGGACAUGAUGUACUGGAAGAACAUGCCAAUCUACGACAGUGAGACUGAGUUCCGCUUCUACUGGAUGCAUGACAAGCUUCAAGAGACAGAGCUGGUGUCUGUGGUCAGGAAAGCAAAUCCAUACCGGUUCAUCCCUCUGCCAAGCUUCCCCUGUACAGCGGCCACCAUCUCGAACGCCAUCUCUUGUGCCAACUUUGACAUUGAUGGCCUGUUGUUCUACCACAAGCGCACCCACUACACAUUUGGAUCCACCCCAUUAGUCGUCUGGCUGAAGACAUACAUGGUGCCUGAUGUUCUGAACAUCGCUGUCCCCUACAAGGAGGUGGCAAAAGCUCCUCCAUCCUACACCAACUACGCCAAACAUCUAGACAAUGUCAAAAACCAGACGUACGGCUCACCACCCGACAAACCCCGUCCUCAGUCUGCUCAGCGAGGAAGAGGUCGCGGACGAGGCCGAGGUCGUGGAAGAGGUUGCGGUAAGGGGCGAGGCAGUUCAAGGAACGUCAGCAGCAUGGAUGCAAGCGAAACGGUUGAGGACGAUAAUGCAGCAGACACCAGCCUCAACUUCGGGAGUGUGAGUCCCGAUGACAAGACACCCCAGACGCAGAGAGGUAUAAUCCAGAUGCCUAAAGCUUUUGACUUUGGAACAGCUUCAACAAUUCCAUUUGUGGGGUCCAGUCUGGAGACAUUACCAUUAAGUGUUCCGGUCACGGAGACCACGCCUCUGGAGGAGGCAGUAGUUGAGGACAAUACUAACACCUCUGCUGAGACAUCCUCUCAGGGGAUGGAGAUGUCUGCUGACAGUGGUCAGCCUGCCGAGCAGGACACUCCGGGGAAAAAGACAAAAUCAAAGAAGUUGAAAAAUCGGGGUCGCAACAGCAGAAUGGAUGUGGGGGAUGAUCAGUGAGCAGGGGAGAAACCAGGGAGUAUGGCACCGGUUUCUUCAAGAAUCAACUUGUGUUACAAACAUUACUAGUCUGAAAUGAACUGUGGACUAGCUGGACUGAAGUGUCUACCCCUGGUGGGUUGGAAUGGAUGCGGAGUGUCUGAAAAGAUUGCUGUAUGUUUGCUUUAACGUAACUGAGGCCAGGAGCCAUUCAUUUAUACUAUCCCACAGCAAAGAUUGCCGACCUUCAAACUUCAUAUGUGAGCUAGGAAUGAUAUAAAACCUCUUUUUUUUACUGUGUAAAUCUAUGCUGACUAUUGUUUAAUUGUUAGUUCGAAGUUAGAACUUCCACAUAUUCCACUGGGCAGGCAGGCAGGCAGGCAGUUAUUUCUUAUGCUGCCUGGACUUCAGGAGACAAUUUUAUUUUGUUAAGGUGUUACAACAUGUUUUAAGGUAUUGCUCAUUUGAAAUUUAGCAGUGACUGUGAAAGUGGUUACUCUUUUGUUAUGUUUACUUCAUUUUCUGCUGGGAGUGGAAUGAGGCACCAUACCUUCACAGUACAUUGUGAUACUUUGUGCCAUGAUACAUAAUUAUACGAACAAUGGUUUGAACAUUAAUAUAAAAAAGUUUUCUGCUUGAAUGCAUACGACGUCUCAAGCCACAGUUUCAUCAAGUGACUCAAUUAACUGAAAUGUUUAAGUUGGGCUACUAUUUAUUUACGUAACCAUGCAGUCUGAAAUCUGAAUUGUUUUUGUUUGUUUGUUGUUUAAAGCCGCACUCAGCAACAUUCCAGCUAUAUGACGGCGGUCUGUAAAUAAUCGAGUCUGGAUCAGACAAUCCAGUGAUUGACAUGAGCAUCA